UAUCCUGUGGAGAGCAGUUACUGUUCAUGAUAAUGAAACCCACAAGUGUAUCUUGUGAGAAGCAAGAAGUCCUCUGUGAGAAGCAGAACUCCUCUUUAGCAAAUAGUUUGUCAAGUUGAUACACCCGUGGAUUGUCACAUUGAGGGAGCCAGUUUUACUGCUUGUUUCAAAAUACUGGAGAGCUUUGGGAAAUUCAGAAUCCGAAGCCACGUCUGAAGUUAUUAAUGGAGAAAUUUGAGAGAUGUAACAGAGACACAGAGGAUCCUUCAAACAGCCAACCCACCAAAACCCCAAGACAAGAUAUCCCCAAAGGAUUACAGACAAGGAAAACAGCACUUGAGAAAUUUACAAAUAAAGGAUAUACUGCGUUUUCUCCAGGACCCAGUACCCUUCACAAACCUGUUCAGCCUAAGCCUCCUCUGGCAGCCAAGCCAUCAAGUGAUGAUAAAACAGAGAAAGAUCCAAACUCAGCACAUUCGAACCCAGUGGCACAAAGGUUCGGUGUUCAGCUUCAGCCCACUAACAGAGGAAAUGAUGAAAAAGCUGGAUGCACUAAAUUCUCUAUCAAAACUUGUGACCCGUCAAAAGAGGACCCAAAGCCUUUGAACCCAAAACCUGCGUGGAACAAGUUCCUUACUCCUCCUGAUAAAGAAAAAAAUCCCAUGGGACCAAAACCUAAUUUAAAUUUUGCAUCACAGGAGAAUGAGACAAAGCCAGAAUUUUUAAAAGUAGCUGCAGUAAAGGAAAAAUUAAGGUCUGCAACACAAGAAUAUGAGCCCAAGCCUACUGUUUCUAAACCACCUCUUGCACAGAAACCUUCUCUAAACAAUGAGGUAUCUCAAAAUGAAGACACUUCUAAUAAAAGUGGUUUUCUGCAAAGACAAUAUGGACCUAGAACAAAUAUACAUGCACACCAAGAAGCAAAGGAAAUGGGUGAAAAUAGCAACUCUGCUGCAGAAACUCCAGGCAGUAAUUUUCCUAAAAUAGCUCUGAAGCCUACUGGCCACAGGUCCAGCUUAUUAAAAGGAACCCCCAAAACUGUAGCAGAAAACACUGAAGAAAAGGGAAGGAGUGCUUCCAAGAACACCUUCCUCAACAAAAUCACCCAGGAAGAACCAGGUUCUUCUCAUAAAUUCCAUAAGAUGACUAUGGCACUUGCUGCAGAAAGACCAUCAGGUGAAGCACAAGAGGAUGAGGACAGGACUUCUAAAAGGCCCAAGCGGAAAGUCUUGCCCCCGGUGUUCAAGCUGGGCCGGCCACCACAAAAGCCCAGCAGACCCCCCACUGUACACCUGGGAAAGUUCCAGAAGAGCCAAAAAAACAAUCCUAAAAAUGAAGGUUUGAAACAGAAAACACCUUCCUCAGCAGCACUUGCCCCACCGGUACCUCCAUCACACACUGCUGUGCCACCUCCUCCACCAGCCUUUCACCCAUCCCUGCAGGUGCCAGCAGCUCCUAGUCUGCCUCCCAGAAACAUCAAGCCCAGCUCUGAAACAAUAAACCUAGAAAAUGAAGAAAGUUAUGAUGAUGUUGAAUUUGUUUCACAGGGUCAUGGAAAUACACAGAGGGGUCAAGAAAGUGAUGGAGAGAUGUAUGAAGACAUUAAUGAUAUCAGAUCAUCAAGGGGAAAAGAGAAGAAGCGGGACAAAGAAGAGAAGCGAAGAAUGGAUCAAGAGAAGAAAGAACAAAAGGAAAAAGAAAAGAAAGAGCAUGAACUGAGGAAAAAGUUCAAAUUAACAGGACCCAUUGAAGUCCUUCAUCAGGCACGAGCUUGUGUUGACCACAAGGGAGGGAAGAAUGAACUGACUGUCAAACAGGGGGAUAAGAUUGAAAUCAUUCGCCUCACAGAUAACCCAGAAGGAAAGUGGCUGGGCAGGAUAAAAGGAUUCUAUGGAUACAUUAAAACAACCAUGGUGGAGAUUGAUUAUGAUUCUUUAAAAAGAAAGCAAAAACCAUCUACCAGAGCUGUUGUGAAACAUGCAGAGAGUGACCAAGAAAUGUAUGAUGACGUUGGAGAGCAGGACUCUACUAGCAGUCAAAUUGGUGACCAAGGUGGAGGUGGAAACAUGUUCCCACCUCCUCCUUCUGAUCAAGACAUUUAUGAUGGAAUUGAUGAUGAAGAUGCUAUAGCUAGGUCUGUAUCGCAGGAUGAAGAUAAGAAUGGUAUCUGGCCCUGGGGAAUCUUGAAGAGACUAAAGGUCAAAGAUGGCAAAAAGAAAAGUGUACGAGAAAAAACAGCCAAAGUCAAUGAGACAGAAGAAAAUGAAAAUUUGUUCAUGCCUUCUUCUACAAAGCAGUCUGGAAAAGAUUAUGGAGACAAUGUUUAUGACGACGUAGAUUCUUCAGACUUCCCUUCUCCGCCAAGUGCUUCCAGUUCAUCAAAAUCAGGAAGCUUUGGAAAACCUAAGUCAGAUGAAAAAGGUGCACAAAAGCUCAAGAAGAUGGAAAAAGAAGAGAAAGAGUUCAGAAAAAAGUUCAAAUUCGAUGGUGAAAUAAAAGUUCUUUACUCCACAACCACAAUCCAGGAUUUAUCACAGAAAAGAUGGGGAUAUAAAGACUUACAAAUUAAACCAGGGGAAUCUCUUGACAUUAUUGAAAGUACAGAUGAUACCAAGGUCCUCUGCAGGAAUGAAGAAGGAAAAUAUGGCUAUGUUCUGAGAAGCAAUUUAGUCCAGAAUGAUGGAGAGAUUUAUGAUGAUAUUGGUGAUGAUUGCAUCUAUGAUAACGAUUCUGAUGCUGAAUGCUCUUGAAAUAACAACUUCAUUGACGAUCAAACUCUAGUUUGGACUCCCACUUGUGAAAACAAGAAGAGUCAUGAAUGCUGAUUGCAAGUUAAUUGCUGUCUCUUUGAAAUGUACAAUUAACCUUUUUUGGGAUUUCAGCCUUUUGUCCUCCAAUGCUUUGCACAAAUUUGUAUUCCAAUUUAUCUGAGCAUUUAAAAUUGAAGGAAUAUAAGCAAAAGUUAGUUAAUUUUUCACUUCCUUUCCACAUUUCUGACAGUCCAUGUAGAAACAUGUCUUUAAGUAUCUAUUCCCAAAGAGGCCAGUUCACAUCUAUGAAGGGUCUAGAGGACAACAAUCUCUGGCAACAGGUUUUCUCUGGCUUUCACCUAUUAAGCACCAAAGACAGCCACUCUGGGUAGGAUAGUAUUCUGAAAAAAAAAAUGGUGAUAACAUCAUGUUAUAAAAGAAGAAAUCAAAAGUGGCCAUCAGAGAAGACAAUACAUCACUGACCUGCCAUUCCAACUGCAAUAGUGUUAGAUACAGUGACAUGUAGCUACAUCCAGCCAUGUUCCAUUAUUGCUACAGUCUAUUUUUCUGUGUUGUACUAAUGAUAGACUAUAAUUCUCUAAGACUUAUCUGAAGUCUAGUAUAGAGUAUAAUGUUCUACUUUGUACUGUAGUGUUGCUCAAAAUAUACUCAGAACAUUUAGGUUAAGAUUUAAUUUCCGUUUAGUUUGAAGAUAAGUUGUCACUAUAGUAAUAUAGGUAUUAUAAGCUAUAAGCUGAUAAUAAAAUGUUUGGAAAUUCUUCUAGACUAAAUAUAUAGGUAUAGUUAUCAUGCUAUUUUGAUAAUGCCCUUUUCUUCGAAGUAUUGUAGUCUACUACUAGAUUUGGCUAAAGAAAGGGUACAGAAAUCAAAUAUCUCCAUGCUUAUUCAUUGUAGAAAUAACAUUUAUUCCUAAUGUUCAUUUUUGAUGCUGUUGUCUGAAUGAUCAAGUUGCAAAUAAAAGCAAAGUCAACGUGUAACUCAUAAUGAUAAAUAUCACUUUACCCUUAUGUAUCAGAAGUCACUGGAAAUCAAAAGACAUUUACAGUAAGCUCCCAAUAAAGAGGGUGAGCAUGUGCAAAAAAUGGAACAUCUGUUGCUUUUGCUGUAGUGCAGAUUAAUCAAAAACCUGUAAUGACCAAUAUGGCUGGAUCAGUGGAAGCAGCUCCUUUUGAUGAAUGAGUAUUGUACAGUCCUGAGGGAAAGUCAGGUACCUUGUGCAACACAGCCAGUUUAGUUUAUAAACAUAAAAAAUGUUGGCUCUAUUAAGUCAGUGACUGUUGAUCUCACCUUCAGUGAAGCUGAGAUUUCAUUUUAUAAAAGUGUCUUUUAUUGCUGCUUCAAAAUACAGUAAAUCUCAAAGGAGGCAUAAUGCAGUGGGGAUACCAAGCAUAAAAUUAAGAGAUAGUGGCCUAUAAGCUAUUUUUUACUGUAUGUAAAAUCACUGAUAGUAUACUGAAAACCUAUAUGCAACCUGAGUUUCUCUUUCUAUUUGCUAUUUCUCUUAUCUAUUUGCUAUUCAACCAUCAUCUGGGCAUCAAAUAUCAAUUUUAUGUGUAAACAUCAGCUGCAGCACCCAAAUAUAAAACAUGACCAUGCAUAUUAAGUGCAAUGAAUACAUGUGAAUAUUCGACUGUCACCGCUAAUGGAUCAUUUAAUUUUCAGUGGUACUCUGUCUGCAUUAAAUUAGUGAUAUGCCAAAGAACUGAGUGAGCAUGCAGGCAACUACACAACUACAUAGUUCUUCCAUGUUCUUAGGGUUAAUGUGUGUAGGCACUGCAAUUUUGUAUCAAUACGACUGACUAAAUUGGUCAUAUGAUACAUAAAAUAAUGAAAAUAAAUAAAUUUAUUUAUGGCUAAAACUCCAUGUUCAUUACUUGUUCAAAUCAAAUAUAAUGGGAUUACUGCAAAGUGUUAAAAUGAAUUUUUAAGGCAUUACUCAUUGAAAAAUUACUGGCAUUGUAUCUUUUAACUUUUACCAAUGUGGGAUGCUUUUUUGUAUUUCUUCUGACUAAAAGUAUUUCUUCUGAAUAAAUAUUUGUUUAACAAGAAA